UGUAAAAACAAUCUUUUCAUACAAACAAAAUUCAUAAACGCAACCUCAAAUCUCUCUCUCUCUCUCUCUCUUGAAUCAAAUCUCGCACAAUAUGUCUGAACAACCACCACCGUCAUCCUCCGAUCACCACCGUCCCGUCGGCGGCACAGAAUACAGCUGGUGCAGGGCGGUGCCAGGUGGCACCGGCGUGACCGUAUUAUCUCUAUUAUUCACCAAACCACCCAACAUUCAAAAUCUUCAAACCAUCAUUCAAAAGCUUCAAGAUGCACACCCAAUUCUGAAAUCCAAAAUCCAAUUCAACCCUUCAACAAAUACUUUUUCCUUUUUCGCCCCCUCAUCUUCCCCACCUCUCCAAAUCCAGUCCCUCAAUUCCCAAAACUCCUUUUACCAAACCCUUGAACAAGAAAUCAAUACAAACCCAUGGCAGAAAUAUGACCCUGAAUCCCCUUGUGAUGUUUUUUUCGUUACUGUGUAUAAUUUGGCUGGUGGGGAUGGCGAGAAAUACGCGGUGGUGUUGCGGUUGCACACGGCGGUGUGUGAUCGUGCCGCCGCGGCGUUUUUGUUGAGGGAAUUGUUGGAUUUAUUAUUUGGUGAUGGGAAUAAGGAAAUUGUGAAUGAAAAUGGGUUGGGUUUAGCUAUUGAGGAUUGUGUGCCAGCUGGCAAAGCUAGUAAACCGUUUUGGACACGUGGCGCGGAUAUGCUUGGGUAUUCGGUUAAUUCGUUUAGGUUUUCGAAUUUGGAGUUUAAGGAAAGCGGGUUUCCGAAGGAAACGAAAUUCGUUAGGUUGAGGAUCGGUCGUGAGGAUACCGAACGCAUUCUCAAUGGCUGCAAAUCAAAAGGGAUUAAACUAUUUGGGCUUUUAGCAGCAGCUGCAUUUAUCUCUGCUCAUUCUUCCAAAAACCUUCCUAAUGAGAAGUGGGAAAAGUACUCGCUUGCAACUCUGAUUGAUUGUCGAUCACUUCUUGAUCCUGUUCUUAGUGAUCAUCAUGUUGGAUUUUACCAUUCUGCCAUCUUAAAUUCCCAUGACGUGAAGGGAGGUGAAGAUUUGUGGGAUCUAGCACAGAGAAUCUAUACGUCCUUAGAAACUGCAAAGAACAGCAAUAAGCAUUUCACAGACAUGGCUGACUUAAACUUCCUCAUGUGCAAAGCCAUAGACAACCCUGGUUUGACUCCUUCCUCUUCAUUAAGGACUUCACUCAUUUCUGUAUUCGAAGAGCCCAUAAUUCAAAACACCAAUCAAUUUCACAAAGACAUUGGUUUAUUGGAUUGCAUUGGAUGUGCUUCGGUUCAUGGUGUGAGUCCUUCGCUCGCAAUCUUUGAUACAGUUCGUGAUGGGGAGUUAGAUUGUGCUUGUGUAUAUCCAUAUCCAACCCACUCAAGGGAACAAAUGCAAGAUUUUGUGGAUCAUAUGAAGAAAAUUCUUCUUGGGUCCAGUGAUCCUCAAUGAAUAUUGUUGUAAUUCUAACUUCCUCUGUUAGGGAUUUUCAGGUAAUUUGGGGCUCGCUAAUCUUCAUUAACAUGCGAUACGCAAUUGAAUAACUUGGCAGGCCUCAAACUGCUGUUACAUUUUAUUGAUUAGAUAAGGUAAUGGUAGAACAAACAUUGUUGGACUUCCAACUUGUUUUGCCGUUUAAGUUGUAAUGGUCCCCCAUUCAUAUGCAUACAUAAGGAUUACCGUCACCAUAUUUAUAGGUUGACAGGGAAUUAUAAAUGUUUUCCAUAUAUGUCAAGGUACAUAAAAUCUUUGUCCUCUAA